UACACCCGCGAGGCUCCGCGCGCCCUCUUUUCGUUCCUCCUCCGUCCUGUUAUUGUCAACCCGUCGGUGCCAGCCCUCUUUCCUCCUCUGUACAUUUACUUCAUACUUGAUUGUGGCUUCUGUGUUCAUCUGUGGUUGUUUAUCCGGUCGUUUCAUUUCCUCUCCAUUCACACACUCCUUUCGAUUCUUCUGCGUUGCCGAUAACAUUAAAGGGCUCCUCUAAAACAGUUCGAUUUUUGCUUUCUUCGCCAGCAUCUUUCAUCGUGAUAUAGCCCACGUUUGUGUCGUUGAAAACAACCAGCAUUCCUCGCUUCCCAUCUUCGGUCUACAAUCGCCAUGUACGCCUCCGCCAUCCUCUUCGCGGCUGCCGCCAGCCUCGUCGCUGCGCAGACAUCAUCGUCAUCUGGACCUGUCUCGGGAUGCGGCAGCCAGAUCGACAUCAUCAUCCAAACUUGCGUUGCGACCGAAAAGGCUCAGCUUGACAACUGCAAGCCUAACGACUGGGACUGCCUGUGCGAGCAGAGCAACAAUGUCUUGACCUGCUACAACAACUGCCCAUCGGACCCCAACCGAUUCGGCGUUGAGCAGACCAAAGUGUCCUACUGCAAUGCUGCCAAAGCUUACCCAACCCACGCCACGACCACCAUCUUGUCCAGCACUACGACUUCAUCCAACACCGCUUCGCGUACUUCUACUUCCUCCACGAACGCAAUCAAUGCCGUCUCUCCAUCACCCUCCAGCCCGACCCACACUGGCGCCGCCACAGUCUUGCUUGCGCCUGCAGGUGCUGUCGUAGCCAUCUUUGGCGCGCUCGCGCUGUUCUAAGCUGGAGACGUGGUUGUCCAGGCCGAGAUCGGAAUAUGUAUUUUUGAAGAGUUGGUUCGAACAAAGUCCACGUUUGUAUUUGCGAGGAAAUCCUGCGUAUAUUCCAAAGACCAUGUCCGG